AUGACUUCCAAAUGAAGGGAUCUGCUUAUCUUACAUAGCAUAGUGCAUAUAGGUCUUUGGGAUGUAUCGAGAGAGAAAGUGUUUGUGUGAAUGAGAGAGUGUGUGUGUGUGAAAGAGACAGAGAGAGAGAGAUAAAGGCAGCCCCUCCUAGUGAAAGGGCAGUUUGGAUAAAGGAGAGAGUAUGAGAGAGUACGAUGAGAUCACCUCCUUCCUGGGGACUUGGGGACCGUUCCAGAAGCUGAUCUUCUUCUCCCUGGCCUUCAGCAUCUUGCCCAACGGAUUUACGGGCAUUUACAUCGUGUUUGUGGCUGACACACCGCCCCACGAGUGUUUGGUCCCGGAGGAGAGCAACAUCAGCGAGAGCUGGAGGAACAUGAGCAUUCCCCUGGUGGUGCAGGACGGGCUGGUGAAACGCAGCUCCUGCAGCAGAUACAGCCUGGACCAGCUGAGGAACUUCUCCCUGCUCAACUACGUCCCCAACGUGGACGUCAACGUCAGUCAGAUUCAGCAGGAGAGCUGUCUGGAUGGCUGGAAGUACAGUAAAGACAUCUACCAGUCCACCAUCGUUACUGAGUGGGAUUUAGUGUGUGAAAAUGAGUUCAAAGUACCGCUGACCAGUUCGCUCUUCUAUGGAGGGUCACUGGUGGGCACGUUCCUGUCAGGUCAGAUGUCAGACCGAGUUGGCAGGCGACCCAUGCUCUUUGUGAUGAUGGUCGUCCAGACGGUGACCACGUUUGCUCAGAUCUUCUCGUGGAACUGGGAGAUCUUCGCUGUCUUCUACUUCUGCUCUGGGAUGGGCUCCAUCUCCAACUAUCUGAUCGCUUACGUUCUGGGCUGCGAGACCUUGGGUCCAGCGGAGCGCGUGGUCUUCAGCUCCCUGGGCGUGUUCAUGAGCUCGGGGCUGGGCUACAUGGCCAUGCCGCCCGUGGCCUACUUCCUGCGCCAGUGGCGGUGGCUGGUGGCUGCCAUGGCGGCAUCUGGAGUGCUCUACGUUCCUCUGUGGUGGCUGAUUCCCGAGUCGCCCCGCUGGCUUCUGUCCCGGGGGAGAGUGGAGGAGGCUGAGGCCAUACUGAGAGAUGCAGCCAGGAUGAACAAGGUCACCGUGCCCCAGGUCAUUUUCACACCUGAUGAGAUUGAAAACUUCCUCGGAAAUAAAGAGAAAAAAUACUCAAUUCUUGAUGUGCUGAGAAGCGUCAAUGUCUGUUCAAUAGUAGGAAUCUGUGCCGUGUUAUGGAUGGUCAUCACUCUUGCCUACUUCAGCCUGAUCCUGAACACCUCAAACCUGGCCGGAAGCCCCUACCUCAACGCCUUCCUGUCGGCCGUGGUGGAGGUGCCCGCCUACAUCAUUGCCAUGCUCCUGCUAAAGUUCUGCUCCCGCCAUGUGUGCCAGUCCUCCACCCUGCUGCUAGGGGGCGCCAUUGUCCUCUUCAUAUGCUUCAUCCCCACAGACUUACCUGACUUGGCCAUAUUCUUUGAGAUGGUGGGUAAGUUUGGCAUCACGGCAGCGUUCUGCGUGGUCUACUCUGUGACCUCAGAGCUCUUCCCCACCGUGCUGAGAAACACUGGCAUGGGCAUCUGCUCAACAGCCGCCCGCAUUGCCUCCAUCCUCUCCUCCUUCAUCAUUUACUUGGGGAAAAUUUACAAGUUCCUGCCUUAUAUUAUAAUGGGGAGCCUGGCCAUCUUUGGAGGCCUUCUCUGUCUACUGUUACCGGAGACAUAUGGAAAAGCCCUACCAGAGACCAUCACAGAAAUGCAGACCAUGAAAGGACUGAAGAAAAACAAGGCCCCUGAUCUGGACAUUGGACACCGCCAGUAUGUACAAAAAGAAGAAAAGUUCUAGUCAGAAAUGCACUCAAAUGGACUCCUUUACUUAAAAGUUUUAUUUAAGAGGAUUUUUUGCAUUUACAAUUUGAUGUGUCUUUGUGUCUUUGAAUAUAUUUCCUUUCUUGUCCAUAAGAGAAAACAAUGUCUAAAGAAGCUAUCUAGGUCUUUGCAUUUGUGCAAAAUAUAUUGGAUAAAAUAAUGUUUAGUAGUGAAUUAGUAAAAAAUUAGAGUUUGCAAUGUUGUGACUUUCAGAGUCUUAAACCUCCGUGUUUGCUUUUGUAUGGUGGAAAGUGGAUAGAAGGCUGUAGGCAGAUUUGUUUUGCACAAAGAUGUAUUUUUAAUGUGUAUAUAACAUUGCAUAAUAAUUUGCAAAGCAUUUAACUUAAAGGAACACGCCAUCUGACCCCCGGUCUGACAACCUGGUAUUGCCAAUAGAAACAAAUACAAUAAAAGUUAAAUAGAUCUGUA